CCCGAGUUGUCAGUCGAGCCACACGCCCUUCCCCUCGAAAGGCCGGGGAUGAGGCUGCGCCGUGUCGGUCACGUGACACCGCUGUCCGGUGUGUCCUCGCCAGGCAACCGUCCUAGAGACUGACAACACCGUCUGCCGCGGCAUGAACGUGAUCUACCCUCUGGCGGUGCCCAAGGGGCGCCGGCUGUGCUGUGAGGUGUGCGAAGCCCCGGCCGAGCGGGUGUGCGGGGCCUGCACAGUCACUUAUUACUGUGGUGUGGUUCAUCAGAGAGCUGAUUGGGGCAGCAUCCACGAGAAGAUAUGUCAGCUCCUGAUUCCCCUGCGCACCUCCAUGCCCUUCUACAACUCGGAGGAAGAACGGCAGCAUGGCCUGCAGCAGCUGCAGCAGCGUCAGAAGCAUUUGAUUGAACUCUGCUACACCGUUGCCCAGAAAUACAUCUUUGAAGGAAAACAUGAAGAUGCUGUCCCGGCAGCUUUGCACUCUCUUCGCUUUCGCAUGAAUGUGCACGGCCUGAGUUCAGUUGAGCUGGUGCCUGCUUACUUGCUGUUGGCCGAAGCCAGCCUUGGUCUGGGCCGGGUCGUCCAGGCUGAGGAAUAUCUAUCCCAAGCUCAGUGGACAGUCCUCAAAUCAACCGAAUGUAGUUAUGCCAUCCACUCCUUACUGCAUCGGAACCUGGGACUUCUCUACAUGGCUAAGGAAAACUAUGAGGAAGCCCGCUAUCAUCUGGCCAAUGAUAUUUAUUUUGCCAGUUGUGCAUUUGGAACAGAGCACAUCAGAGCCUCAGGUGGCUACUUCCACCUGGCCAACAUCUUCAAUGGCCUUAAAAAGUUGGACCUGGCAGACACAUUGUACACCAAAGUCUCUGAGAUCUGGAACAAAUAUUUGAACGAUCACUAUCAAGUCCUCUCACAGGCUCGCAUCCAACAAAUAGAUCUACUGGGCAAACGAUUUGAGACUGACACUGGCUUGGAUGAAGCCCAGGAAGCAGAAGCUAUUCAGAUCCUGACUUCAAUCUUGAACGUUCGAGAAUCUACAUCUAACAAAGCCCCCCAAAAAACAAUCUUUGUUCUCAAAAUUCUGUUCAUGCUUUACUUCCUGAUGAUGAAUUCUUCAAAGGCAAGUUCCCCUAGAAAAGCAGCAAAUCUAAAACAGAGGGAGAAAUUCCUCUGGUUGGAUUCGGCUGUUUUGUCCAGCUGCACUAGCUUUUGUCCUCAGAGUAAGCCCUCACUCCAAAAAAGUUCAGACACUCACAACAUUUCCCCUGUGUUAAGUCCAACUGCACAAUGAAAACAGGAUUGUCUUCUUCCCUCAAGGGGACCACCCUAGGGUUGCACAGGUAGACUGAGGCUGGGACAGUGCUGGGAGGCAUGUAGGACAGAAGGGCUCUGGAGAGUUCUUGGGGAAAUGGAGCAGUCACUCUGACUACACAGUGAUAGUGAGUUCCCUGUUGCUGGAGGGAUCCUGGCAGAAACAAUUCCAAAGGUAAUCAUUUUUGAGUGCUUAUUACAUGCCAGUCACUAGCCUAAGUACUUUACAUGAAGUAUCACAUGUAAUUCCCAUAUCAACCUUACAAAGUAAGUCUUUUAUCAUUCCCACUUUACAGGUAAGGAACUGAGGCACAGAGUGCAUCCAUUAUUUGCCAAAUUUCUUCUAGAGUAAGUGGCAAAUCUCAGGUUCCUUAAUUUAUUGAUUGACUGAUCCACUCAUUCAAUAAUUUAUUGAACUUCUGCCAUUUGCAAAGGAUGGUUCUAGAGACUGAGGGUACAGUGGUGAACCACCAGCCAAGUUGCCUAUUUCCAAGGAACUUAGGUUCUUCUGGAGGAGGGGAAGUCACAAUAAACAAGUGAACACAUAAAUGUGUAACAUAAUUUCAGAGGCUGAAAAGCUCUACAAAGAAAAACAAAGCAGGCAAGAGGAAAGAGGAGAGAGGGUUGGUUGGAGGAGGCAAUUUUGUGCAGGUGACAUGGGGAAAGUUAAGAUGUCCUUCCCCUGUUCCCUUCCUCCAUUCCUUCCUUCAUUCUUUCCAUUUGCCUGCAAACUUUUACUAAGCACCUACUGUAUACCAGGGCCUGGAGGAGUUCCCCAUCAGUGGGUUAUAACAGAGUAUGAGAGCAAAGCCUGGGGCACUGUGGGAGCAUGGAGGAGGGACAGCCACCCUAUAUGGGAUGGAGGUGAGAAGGGUCAGGGAACAGAGAAGCAUUUUCAUUGCAUUUCCAGGUUUACUGUGGACAAAACCUCUGCAUUUCAGGGUCCCAUUUUCUGCUGAAGGAAGUCAUUCCUCCAAGGUAUUUUAAGGAUGUUAGGUCUACAAGAGGUUCUUAGAAGAAAGGGCCACCUCUCUCUACUCAGAUUGGUGCCUUGCUUCUUUCAGGUCUGGAAUCAGCUAUCUGCUCUUGAAUAAGGCCUUCCCUGUCCUCUGUCUGAAAUGGCAACCCCCCAUCUGACACGACUGAAGCGACUUAGCAGCAGCAGCAGCAGGAGCAUUGCCAUCACUAAUACUUUCUGUCUCCCUACCUGCUUUAGUUUUUUCUCUCAGCUUGAAUCACUAUUUAAGAUACCAUCGUAUUCUACUUAUUUGUCUUGUUUAUUGCCUCUCUCUCCUACUAUAUAGUAAAUGUCACAAGGUUAGGAAUUUCUGCCUAUAGUCACAGUCUCUGAAACACAGUAGCCAUUCAAUAAAUGUUUAUUGAAAGAAAGGAGGGAAAGGGGGAAGGAAGGCAGAGAGGGAGGAAAGAAGGGAAGGUAGGGAGGAAGGAAAGAUGAGCCAGAGUCUGUCUCAGGAUGUCCUGUGAAACUUCUGUCCAAAUCAAGACUCUGGGCCACCUGGACUCCCCAGAUGGCAAUUUACUUGUGGCACCUCUCACCUCUAUGCCUCUCAAUGUUGGUUCAAAGGGCCCUGAAAUGGAGAAAAGAGGCUUUGUCCACUAUAAACUCAGAAAUUCAGCAUCCAGGUUUUCCUGUUCCCUGACCUCUCUCACCCUCAUCCCACAUGUGAGGCUAGCUAUGAAGACCUAGGUCAUGUGUUCACAAGUUUUCACAAAGAGCUCAGUGGGUAGUAUGAGAAGUUGAAGGGUCCUGCCCAUGUUUCUGGGGUUGAGCAGAGAUGGGGCUUCCAACAGAAUGCUUUUCUGUGACAAUUUCCUUUUGUCUCUGCAAUUCUCUUUCAGGCAGAGGAAUAUGCCUUGAAAGCCCUCCACCUAGCCAAAAAACAGAAGCUCAGUGUCCAGGAACAAGACACCAUUCAGGGUUUACUAAAUCUCAUCUCAGUUAAGGAAGCUCAACCCAUUACUUAGUGACCCAUGAGCUCUGCAUCAGGGACGACUGAGCAUCUAAAGUAUUUCAGCCUUGCACAGGAGCACUGAGGUGCUAUGAAUUGCUGAAGCACCCACCCUGUUCCCCUGAGACUGCACUCGUAGCUGUGUUUUUAUUGUUACACAGCAUAUGUUGGGGGAAUGUAGAGCUUUUGGCACAGAGAUCAGUAAAACUCUUGCUUAUUAUGACUUUGUACAACUUUGAAUAAUGUGCUGUCAGUUCACUAACAAGGUAUUCAUAAUUAAACUGCAAAUAGUUUAUC